GUAUGUACAUAUUAAUUAGAAACCAAAGUUACGAAUAUAAGAAUAGCUCUAUUUCACAAUACGGUGACUUUAUACAGGGAGCGUUUUAUGGGGCAUUAUCAGCCAUGUGCUGUAUGGCAAUAAUUAUCAUGGGAGCCAAAUACUACGCCAGCCGAGGAAUGUUCGGAUAUCCGAAAAAGCCAGUAUCAGUGGCUGGUUGCGCCGAUUUCAACCUGAACAUAACGUCUUACCUUAAUGAGACCAACUUCCGGGCAGAAAAUGAGCCACUCCUUUUAUUCAGACUGUCUUUCUACUGGUACACUAUGAUCGGAUCACUGAUUACCAUAGCAGUGGGUCUAAUCAUAAGCCUUUUCACGAAGAAAGACGAAAAACAACUUGAUCGAAAACUCAUCAGUCCGAUAGCCCAAUUUAUGCUGCCCCGAAAAAACGACCACGGCCACGUGCGUUAUUCUGUAGAAAAGGAAGCUGUGGAAGGCGAUGAAUUGAACCCAGAAAAUGCUUUCCUCAAAAAACACUAGGUUUAAUAAUGAAUUUAAUAAUACAUAUAACGAAAUAUCA